AUGCUACCACCUCAACAAGCAGCAGCCCCAGCAACUGCUCCUGCUCCAGCAAGCCCUCCGGCAGCAGCAGCACCUGCAUUACCCGCCCCUGCAAAGGCUAGCACAUCUUCUCACCCUCCACUGAAAUGCCCCAUGGCUGGAACCUUUUACCGUUGUCCUGGACCUGGUGAACCACCUUUUGUUAAGGCAAGUGUGGGGGAUAAAGUUCAGAAAGGUCAAGUCAUUUGCAUCAUUGAAGCCAUGAAGUUGAUGAAUGAAAUUGAGGCUGAUCAAUCUGGGACAGUAACUGAGAUACUGGCCGAAGAUGCAAAACCAGUGAGUGUAGAUACGCCUCUUUUUGUCAUAGUACCAUGA